AUGUCCGCCGCUGUCAAUGAUGGCCAAGCAGAAAGCGACGUCUCACCGAGCUCGCAGUUGUUGGUCCAGAAUCGCACAUUCAAGAGGGUUUAUCAGGCUUGUGAAGCUUGUCGGCUGAGGAAGCACAAAUUGUUGCCACCGAAGAAGCGCAAAGGACGACCGCCUAAGCAGCCAGUCGACGGUAGACGAUCUGGUGCCGCCCCAAAGAGGCCCGAGGACAAUGUGCUCAGAUAUGCAGACCAGCCAGCCAGCCAGAAUCUUGCCAAUUUCCCGCUUAGGAACACGUCGGAUGCUAUACGUCUCUUGGACGAGGAGAGGCAGACGACAACUAAAGGCCGCCCCAGAGAGGAGGGCAACAUCACUCCGCCCCAGCAGUUCUUCCUCAUUCACGAAGGCUUCGUCGAAGAAGCGACGGUAUUCAGGCUGUUCCGAUUCUAUAUGGACUCCAUUCAUCCGAUGAUGCCUGUAAUUCCUGCCGAAAGGCGACCGAUGACUUCUGAGCGCAUUCUUGCGAUGGCUUCCCGCGAACCACAUCUGACGGCCUCAAUCCUGGUCGUGAGUAGCGGUCUUCUCGGAGAGACUACGCUUCAUCACCACCUGUGGCAGAGAGUCGAGCGUCUUUAUGCUCAAGUUGCCAUCAGAGGAACAGACGCUGCACUGGAUAUGAUUGAGGGCCUAUUACUGCUGUCCGAGUACCCGCCAAACAUGGGUAACAGUACUUUCGGUCUCAGAUUGGAGGAUCGAAUGUCUUGGAUGACGGUGGGUACCUGCGUCAGGCUAGGAUAUCUUCUGGGCCUCGAGCAAUUGGUGAUGAUCCCUGACGACAUUGACGAGAAGUCACUUGUCAAUGAUCAUGCCAGAGGCAAGAUAGUCUGGCUAUAUUGCUUCUUGCUGGAUCGGCAGAUCUCAAUUCGUGUUGGAAAGCCUUUCUGGCACCGAAGUCCUGGCAUGACGUUCCAGCACUUGCACUCAGAUCCUGCGGACGAUUUUCCUCAGAUGCGUGAGAUUGAAGGGCUUCAAGACAACUAUGCUGCUUACCUGCAGUGUCAGCUGCAUCUUACCCAGAUUAUCUCAAAUGCGCACGACUUGCUGUACUCUAGCAAGAGUCACUCGUUCGCGAUCGCCAAAGCGGAAGGCUACUACAAGCAUGUAGAUGACUUCUCCGUCACGCUCUCUGCUUUUCGCACGCGCUGGCAGAAGCGUCCGUGGCGUACAUAUCCCAUCAAUGAGUGUGUGUGGAUUUCAUUUCAUCAUUUGCGCUUGUACAUCUAUUCAUUUGCCUUGCACGGUCAUAUGCACCGCGCCGAAUCAGCUUCGAAUACACGGCCUCUUGAUUACUUUCCAACCGGGUUGUACGGGAGUGUCGAUGCGCGCUACAUCAUCCAAGCAGUGGAUGCCGCAAGCGAUAUCCUUCGCAUAGCAAUCGGGAGAUUUGUUGGCAGUCAGUUGACGAACCUGCCGCUACGCUUCUUCCUGUUCUUCACUCACGCAGGUGUCUUCCUCCUCAAAGUCUUGAUAGUGGUGCCUCUGCCGGGAUCGCAGAAGCGGGCGAUACUUCACCUCGUUCGUGGUCUCAUUAGAAGUAUGUCGAUAGCUUCGACAGACCCACGCCAUCCCGCGGCACGCAACGCCGCUGCCCUCGACAGGCUCCUAAGACGAAUUCAUCCGGAUCAAAGCGACCUCCAGACACCUUUCGGCAUCACCCGCGCGUCCUCGCCUCGCGUCCAUGUCAGCGAUGUCGCGUCGGAAGCAAACAAUGACCCGCCUGCGCCAUUCCUGGCAAACGAUGCAUUUCUGCCAACCGUCCUGGGCGAGUCACCAUUCGUUGCAGAGCGGCCUCUUCAAGCAUUGGCGGCUGAUAUCGAUGCUCUGCUUGGCGUUGAGGCAGAUGUUGCAGGUGUUUCGGCUCCAUUGUUCCCAAGUCUGGUGCCUGAUGGCAACAAUCUCUUGCCGCCAGCUGACAUGUUCGCAUCGCUCUUCAAUUACGACGAUCUGGACUUUUGGGCAGCUUUCAACCAUGCGCCAAUGAACAUGGCUUAA